GCGGGGGGACACGUGAGGGAGGAGGGGCGGCGGGCGGCAGCGGGAGCCGGAGUUUCCCCGACAGCUGGAGGUUGCGGCGGCGGCUCCUCCUCCCCGCUCGAGCCAGGGCCCCCCGCGCUCCUCCUUAUUUACAAACACACAAAGGGCCGGGCCGGGGUCGCGUCUGCAGCCGGCAUGGGAGACAAGAAGAGCCCGACCAGGCCGAAGCGGCAGCCGAAACCCUCCUCGGACGAGGGCUACUGGGACUGCAGCGUGUGCACCUUCCGGAACAGCGCCGAGGCCUUCAAGUGCAUGAUGUGCGAUGUGAGGAAGGGCACCUCCACCCGGAAACCUCGACCUGUCUCUCAGCUGGUUGCACAACAGGUUACUCAGCAAUUUGUGCCCCCUACACAAUCAAAGAAAGAGAAAAAAGACAAAGUAGAAAAGGAAAAAAGUGAAAAGGAAACAACUAGCAAAAAGAACAGUCAUAAGAAAACCAGGCCAAGAUUGAAAAAUGUGGAUCGGAGUAGUGCCCAGCAUUUGGAAGUUACCGUUGGAGAUCUGACAGUCAUUAUUACAGACUUUAAGGAGAAAACUAAGUCACCACCUGCUUCCAGUACUGCAUCUGCAGAUCAGCACAGUCAGAGUGGUUCUAGCUCUGACAAUACAGAGAGGGGAAUGUCCAGGUCAUCUUCGCCCAGAGGAGAAGCCUCAUCGUUGAAUGGAGAAUCUCAUUAAAGUUUAUUUUCUCCAGUUUCUUUAGUCUCUUCUCUUCAAAACAUGCAAAUACACAACUUCUGCCAACAGCUACCACAUUUUCAUGACAGAUUAUCCAUGCACAAUUGAUAUGUUUACUGGAACAUAAUUUAUGCAGUUUUACAAAAGUGAAGUGAAGCAGUAGAAAUAAUAAUUUAAAUGCAAUCUACAAAUGCCUACAAAGCAUUUUCAGACUAACUUUUUAAUCUUCACAUUUAAAGGUGCCAUGAAAAUGUGGUUUGAAUGUUCAUUAUGCAGUGUUAUUGGUAAGUCCAUUUUCACUUUUAGUUUAGUGAAUUCUAACACAACUCUUGGAGUCUCUACUAUUGGCAUGUACUGAAUUAAAAUUUUUAUAACAUAGUUCAAGCUGCCUAAAUAUGUAUUAUUUGAGAAUUGUGAAACAUAGUUAUAUGUAUGCAAAUCAAAGAUCAACUUAAUCAACUAUUGCUGCAACAGAAUUUUCAUAAUUAUUAUCUUCUUAAAAACACCUGCUGGUACUUGGUGUGCUUAAAUAGGAAAAAUGUUAUUAAAUAAAACAUUUGUAUGAAUUUUUGCCAAUGUUUGACAUCGUUUACUAAAUUACUGUUACUGAAUUAUGUUGCUGGUUUUACCAAUAUUUUCCUCACACUUAAAACACUUAUUGUAAUGUUUACGAACAAAAAGAGUGAACAUACUAUGAGCAUUGGUUAUUUAGCUUUAUAAUUCAGAUACAGUACUACAUUGUCAUUAGACACUGAUAGUCUAUGUUCUAUAACCCGAUAUCAAAUCUCCAAUGACUAAGCAUUUGGCAAAAAGUAAAUUUUUAAAAUCUGAAAUUCUGGAAAAGCUUUAAAAAUAACUUUUUAGUACAGUUUUCAUUUCUGCUUAGCAUUAUUUCCUUGCCCCAAACUUGCCCAGUGUCAUAGUCGCAUAUCAGUGUAGUACAAAAAUACUAUGUUGCACAGGAGUAAGGAAAUAAGGAAUACUGUCACAUUUUGUUCUUAGAUCAGCUUCUUUGAUUUUGAAUUGGCCCUUUAUUAAAUACUGUAGCAUCAGUCAUAAAUGCAGUAUCCUAUUUUCUGGCAUAAACUGUCAACAUUUAUGCAUUUAGCAAUAUACUGAUACAGAGCAAAAAUAUUUACAGUCCCACCCGGUAUUAUGUAAAAUAACCAAUAAAAUAUUUUUAUGAAUACAGAUUUCGCAUUUUUGUUUACAACUAGGUGUUGGGUUUUUUUAUGCACAAAAAAAUCCAUAUAUAGAUUUAAAUUAUAGGGUCAGAUUCAAUACAAAAAUGCAUCUGGCUCCUGUCCAAAGGAAGCCCAUUCACAUCCCAGUAAUUCUCUCUUCUCUUUGUGUCUCAUUCAAAAUAUGUAUUUUUGGGCCAAUGUGAAAGUGGGAUGGACUUUUUUUGGUAGUGAAUCCAGCCCUAAAAUAUCUUCAUAUGAUGCAUCCUGAUAACAGCUAAAAUAAUGGAUUUUUGUAGACCCUGAUAAUUGUGAUGUUUGGUGGUUUCUUGUAGUAAUGUAUCUUUCUGUUUUUUAAUGCAGUACUUCUACAGGCACAAUGGUACUGUCUAUUUUGUAAGAUGAGAGUUGUGAAAUACAGUUAGUUGCAUAAAAUGAAAGUCUGAUGUGAUAUCUAAAAACUUACAUACCUCAUUCCUUGGUGUUACUGUUAAACUUUAAAAAUCCAAUGUUAAUUAUAGGUUAUUUCAAAUGGACAACUACUGACCUGGUUAAAAUGUAUUAUGCUUUACCUUACUAAACAUUUCUUCAUUCCAAUUUUCUGAUCAUAUUUUAAUACCUUUUAAAACAUUGCAUUUUAAGUUUCAUAAAUGUUUUUGGCUGGGGUGGGGCUAGAUGUUCAAGUAAUGAAUGUUAAUUCUUACAAAGAAAGAUACAUUCUGAGUUUUACUUUUUACAAUUUGCUAGGUGGAAACUAAAUGGAAAAGAGUAUACUGAGUUAAUGGAUUACAAGAGACUGAAUCUGUUUAAAGUAAGCAAUAUAAUGAUAGUGAAUCUCAAUGCAAGAUCCUUUAUGAAAUGUUUCAAUUUUAAAACAAAAUGAAUAUUAACAUAUUUCAGUACUCUUUGCAAACAUCAAAUAGUGAUCUAAUACCUAUAGUUCACUAAGUCAGAACUUUAUUAUUAAAUUUAGUAUAGGUUGACCAUUCAGCACCUGCAACAAGUGUCUUUUCUGUCUAGAGAAGUAGGCAGUCAUUGAUUUAGUUAGUUAGUUAAUUUGCAUGGAAUUGACUACUAAGAGGUAUAAUCUAAUAUCAAAUGAAAGCAAUCCUUAGUAUCUACAAGAGAAAUUUUAAAGUGUGGUUAUUAUCAGAAAAGUGAUUGUAAAAUGAAUGUCACUGGAUUGCUCGUUUUUACUCAAGAAUUUCUAUAUCAAAUAUACUCCAUUUAUGUAAAAUUGCCAGCACUACAUACUCCACCUAGAGUUUGUAAUUAAGUUGUAGUAUUGGGGUGAUGUAAGAGGUGUAAAGAACAACGAUAAUGUAACCAAACGUUAGCUUGCCAUUCCUGUAGAUGCAUGAAACACAUCAGAAUUUUUGCUCUUCUAUAGCAAAAGUGGUGUGACAGUGCUGAUGCCAGAGUUUAAAAAAAAUAAUCAGCGAAGUAAGGAGAUCUGACUCUCUACUCAUAACAUUAUAACUAUACUUUAAACCAGCCUCACUUCCAUAAUCUCUGAAGAAGUUUUCAGUUGGUUUAUACCAAGUCCUUUCUUCAACUCUGUAAAUUCAUAAAAAAGGUCUACUCUAUCUUUACUCAGUUUGUAGAAUGUAAAAACCUAACACUGUAACUCAUUGUUAGUUAUUUUUCUUUUACUGUUCUCUGCAUAAUAACUGAUCAUCUGUUACAUUCUAAGUCUGCACCAACCUUCAUCAGCCGAGCAUUUUGCGUGGUUACAUGAGAUGAUCCAACAAAGAUGAAUGUGAUGAUGCUCCAUGUAAAUAAGUUCCUUUGUGCAUUGAUUGUCCACUGUUUCAAAAACAAAAAUAAUAAGAUGCAGUUAAUUCACUGUAAAGGUGUAAAAUAAUUCAAUGUUUUGUCAUCCUGUUUUUUGCCACUAAUUAUAGCUGGCAUAAGGAAGUACUGAAAUAUACAAUAGUAAGGUGUGAUUUAUUUUUUUACUUCUGAAUUUCAAAGUCUGCAUAAUAGAAGCAAUCAAAAUCUGUACCAAGUAAUACCAUGUCAAAAUCUGCAGUGUAAAAUGUUGACUCUUAAGAUUAGUGAUAGGAAAAAGGUUAUAUUCAAAGGCUUAAUUUUAAGUUUUGAUGCAGUGACUAGUCUUGAAACAAUCAAGAUUAUGAUCUAAAAUGUUACCCUACUGUAUGUGUUUCUCUAGCUAUUUGAUGUUAUAUGGCAUAGAUGAUAUAGUUCGAGCAAUUUAAGAUUAUGCAGUAUUCUGCACUUUAGAUGUGUGUGGGGGUUUUUUUUUUAAUGUGGUCAGAGGCAGUGCAUUUUAUCUACCCAUGUAAAAUAGAAUGGAUAGGUGGCUCAUGCUUUUCCCCUCCCACCCCUCUGUAGCCCCAGGACGUGUCUUCCAAGCUCCACACAGUGGUCUAGUUCUGUCCUGUGGCAGAAGUAGCCUAAGGUUGUCUCACCACUCUGGCACAUGUGGGGACGCUUACAAAGUGCACAAAUUGAUUAGGUCUGGGUGAUUAACCAGUUAACAUGAGGAUUAACUUGUCAGCUGGGGACUGUUAAACUGGAGACAGGAAGGCAGAGGGGGAAAGAGAGGCUGGAAAGAAGGGCAAAGACACUUAGGACCUCUUUCCCCUUCCCUCCCCCCCAUGCCUAACAGGUCUGCUGAAACUUGGGGAAAGCCUUAUGGUGACGGGACAUGAAGCUGCAUAAAACAUUGAAAAUAAAGUGCACUGUGGUGAAUUUACAUAAGAAUGUGUGAGGACUGCUUGCAAAGGAAAGUCCAGGGUGAGGGAGCCCACCCAGUGACAUGCCCUUUGUAGUUUUAAUUCUUUCUCUCCUCUUCCCAAAAGCGGGAAGACUUCCCAGAUCAUGCAGCUAGCUGUCCUUAUGAAAUAUAGGAGGGAACUAGUGAUAGACCUGUCAAGUGUGUGCUUUCAUUAAAAUCCACUUUUUUUCUCUCUCUGUAUCUAAUCUAUUUCUCUCUCCCUUACAUGCCUUCUGAUACUACUACUACUGUCUACUAGAGAGAAGGGCUGAAACCAAUUUCCUUUGGAGUAGCAGAAGUCAUAGCAGAGGUAGAUGAAAUCAAUUUUUCCCCCUGGCAAUUGCAUGUUACCACAUCUGUAGUGGGUUUGAUCACUAGGAAAAGCUAGCUCUGGAGAUAAGUUCAAAAUGUUAAUACAGUUCUUGGAUAGUGGACUAGUCCAAUGCUAGGCAUGUUUAGCUAGCAACACAUUCUCUAAGCAAAUUGGUAAGAUUUGAGGUUGUUGGAAAUGUCACUGGAAGAGUAGAGCUAUAAAAGGUUGGAUAUCAUUUCUUACCUGACUUCAGAAGCAUGAGUCUCAUUUGAAGGUAUAUAUUGCACCUACUAGUAAGUAGAUCAGCUUGACUUUUUUAAUUUUUUUUUCUCCUGCUUCACAAGUAUUUCAAGGCAAUAUUUCUGUAGCAGGAGGAGGAAAAAGAAAACUGUAGUGUAAACGAAAGCCACAAAUUUGAGCCUAAUUGAACACUAAAACAAAACCAACAACCCUCUCCUAACACCAUUUUAAUGAAAAGCAAUACAAUCAAUCUAGGAUUUAGUUAAAAUAAGAAAUAAUACUUUGCAAGUCUGUUACGAACAAGUACUUUACAAACAUUUUAACCUCCCCUAUCCAUCUGUAUGCAUUAGGUAAAUAGUAUUAUUCCCAUUUUGUAGGUAAGAAAACAGGAUUUACAACUUAAAUGACUUGCCCAACAUGUCACACAGGGAAAAUUGGGGUAGAGUUAACAAAUAAUAAUUUAUGAAUAUGCUACUUCAUUAAACUAAUCAACCUGGUCCUUUGGCUCUAGAGGUAGAGGCUCCUGCUUUUAAAUUCAGAGAUUCUGUGUUCAAACCUGGCAGACAACCCACCCAGAGAUAUAAAUUACCAAUUCCAUUAGUUCAAGGUACUAGCAAAGAAAGUGGCUAGUCUAGCCAUUAAAGAAAGACAAAGAGCCACUUGGUGUUAGCCUGGGCUACAUAAGCAGAGAAGAUAGUGAUAGAAUAAAUGUGCCAAAGGUGUUAAUGUAACCCAGUCACUGUCAAACAUUAAACAAUUCGAACAAGGGAUUUGGUGUACAGAGAUGUCAGCCUGCUUAGUACCAUGGCACAAACAUCAUUAAAAAGCCCUUUAACUUUAUAUUAAAGAUAGAGAAGAGAAGGCAAAACAGUUAAAGCAUUUACAAUGUGAAGUAUUAAAUAAGACUUUCAUUUUAAAAUUUCUUGUUCCCUUUCCCUUCAGGAUGGAGAGAGUUUUAGAAGGAAAAAAACCCUUGUUUGACAGUCUCUUUGAUGGUGUUAAUGAUGGCAGUAACUGUCCGUCUGAGAAAAAAGUUAGUUGAGAUGAGCAAGAGCUGGAGCUGUUGCUGCUGCUAAAAUCAUUUCAUCCCAGCUAAUAGGCUGGUGAUGUCCUUUGGGUCCCUCUCUCUGGCCUGGUGUGGUCAUUUUUCCAGAUGAGGAUGAAGAAGUCCCAGGGGAUGGUAGUGGCAGCCCUGAUGAUGAAGUUUGGUUCAGUAGUCUCCAUCUGUUAUUUUAAGUAUGUGUUAGGUAUUUUUGUUCUUUCACAUUUUCCCCACAAAAUCUUUCUUUUAAGGACCCAGAAAGGGCUUGAUGAGUAGAAUAGCCCCUCCUCUUAUUAUUUUGUCCACCAACUAGGCCUACUAUCCAAUGUACCAAUUUUGGCUCAUUAACUUCUGGCUCCACAUCUGUUUUUUAAUGCAUAAUUUCAAUCCAAUCCUUGAAUCAUCUCAACUUUACCUUCUUUAGCCUAAUUUAGUUAUUCUAUCUUCCUUUUGUACCUUUUCCCAUCAACAUUUGUUCUAGUUUAUUUUAACACUUUAUGAACUUUUACAUACUUUUUAGUUGCGCUCACAAUUCUUGAAAAUUUGUUGGCCACAGCCACUGUUGUGACAAUUGGGCCUAAGUUCUGACCUUUUUUAGAAGAUAUAUUACUGGUUUCCCUGAAAAAGAGAAUAUCUAUCUCAGACUGAUCCUUCUUUGCAGAGAAUAAAUCAAAACCAAGAUCUAUUGAGUGUACAGUUCUCUAGGCAAGAGAAUCUACCAUCAGGUUUGUCUUCUCUAACACAACAGCCAACAACUAUGAGAGAUUCUCUUUGACACUUUUUAACUAAGUUUAGUAUUGGUUAAGUAUCAUAGCUCCACUUGUAAAGGAAAUAGACUCUGCUCUAACAUCUCUUUGAAGUCCAGGGCCAAUUUCACUGCUAGCGUAAGUGGAUGCGAUUUGUUUGAAAUAAUAAAUUAUACUUGAUUAUGCUAGUGGUCAAUUUGACAGACACACACACAUUUCUCCCUCUCCCCCCCACUAGUGUUCCUGAGCCAUUGAAUAGUUUAGGUAUCUCUACAAACUAAAACUUGUGUGUGACGGAUGAUCUCCCAACUCUGCUCUAGUUUUUACAUAACUUUUUCUUUCUAGAUAAGUGAUAUAUAGGGAGAAUUUUUGCUAAAUAGUUUUCCUUUGUACACUCAUGGGAGCUCUCUAGUUGAUGAGACUGGCAUUCAGAAUGCCAGUUACCACUUUGGUUCUCAGAUUCAUGUCCCUGAAAAGGACUGCUUCUAUCACUUGAAGGAGGCUUUCACUCAUAGGAAAGUAGGUGGGAUAUGUUCUAGAGCUUGAUGAAGAAGUGUCCCCCAAGUGACACAUAGUACCUGAAGGAUUUUGCAAGGUGCAGGAAAGAAGCUUUGGAGAGGCAGCCAAGGGUGGAUGGAGAGGUAGAUCUUCUGCCAAAAAGAACACACAGAGUUUUCAACAUCUCCUUAUGGAGAUCCUGGGGAGAUGGCCUCUUAUCUCCAAGAUGUGUCUCAAUACUUUUUGUUGGAUUGAAGAACAGAGAGGAUUAUAGCAAGAGAAAAAUUAUUUUGUAAAUCUCUGAAUGAUGACUAGAAAGUCUUCCUACUUCUGUGUUUAAAUAAAAAAAACUUCAUGAGCUAA